AUGUCGAAAAUUUAAAAACAAAAUACUGUUCAACUUAAUUUAUAGAAUGUUUAACAGUUUAUUCCUUCUGUUUAAGUUGGAUCAUAAAUUGGAAAUAAUUCUCCUAAACCACCAAUAAGCUCAAAAUCAAAUAAAUCACCAAAAGGGGAUAUUUCAUUUAGAGUCAUAUCACCUUAAUUGAAAAUUAAUAAAAAUAACACUUAAAGAUCAAUAAGUAAGAAUAGCAGUCCAAUUGAAAAAUAAAUUUCAUAGCCAGAUAAACUACAAUUUUUUGAAAAUGAAAAUGAUGCUGUAAUUGAAGAUAAUUAAGUAAAUGUUUCAGAGGUCUAAUAAUUAAGUUAAAUUAAGGAAAAACUUAUCGAUAUGGGUGAAUAAAUAUCGAAUUUUCAUUUAGUUGAUAUUAAUUUAAAGGUUCUCAAAAAAUGGCAAUAUCAAUUAUUGUAAGAAACAAAAACAUUGAUUCAGUUAAAUAAAAAUGUGAUUAAUUUAUCACAUACUAAAAUAUAAUCACCGAGAACAAAUUCAGUCUAAAAAGAUUCGAAUGAAGAAUUAUUAGAAAAAUUAUAAGUUGAAUAAAAAAAAAGAUUAGAUUCAGAAGAGUAAAGUAGUAGAAUUCUUUAAGAGUAAGAAAAAUAUAUUUCAGUCUUGGUAAUCUUUUGUAAAUAUAUUAGAAUUAAAAACUAUUUUAACUUGAAUAAUAAUAUUCAAAAAGACAGUCUAAGUGAUUAUAUAUGUAAUAAAAUAAAGUUUUCAAGAUAAUGAUAAAUUUUAUUUGAUAAAAUAAGUCUCAAAAAUGAAUAAUAAACUCGAAAAAAAAGCAGUUCGUUCUCUACUUAAAUUAGCAAGAGAAGAAGAUACAACAAGUCAAAGAGACUGGGAACCUUAAUCUCCUUAACAUCAUGAUUUUAUUUCUCCUCAGCCUAAAAAUAUUAAUAAGCAUAGAAAAAAUAUAAGAAUGAUUCCAAAUGAUAAAGCAAGAUAAAAAUCAUCAAUAGAAAUAAAUUAAGAUGAUGAUUAAUAGCUUUCAUAAAUUUCAUAAAAUGAAAAUUCACUAUAAUAAUUAAUAGAAGAAUACAUGAAAUAAAUUCGUCAUACUUAAAGAUAAAUGGAGUCAAUACAUUAAUCAAAAUUUGAUUUGAAAUCUGGUUGGGUAAAUUUUAGUUCAAUAAUUCUCGAAAACAAAGAAAAGGUACCUAAAAAACAUAAAAGAACAUCAUUAGAAUUAUAAGUAAAAGAAAACAACCAAUAAAAAGUAUAGUAAUCUUAAGUAUUGAAAAAGACACCGCUUCGAAAAGUAUUAAAUAAUGAUUCUUUUUUUUUACCAAAAUUGAAGUCAACAUAUCUAAAAUGA